UGCCUGUCCCCUCGUCUUCUUCUCCCUAUGCCCUCGUCUUCCUCUGCCCGUGCCCUCGUCUUCCUCACCUGCGCCACGGCGGAGGCAGGGUCCUGCCAGCCCGGGAGGGCGCUGAGCACCACAUGAGCGGCAGAACGACAUGGCCAGCGACGCCAGGAUGGGGGAGACCCCCCCCCAAGGGUGGAGGAGAACCCAGGAGGGGGCAGCUCAGGACGCCCGGGGGAUGGAGAGCAGCGGGGUUGGCCUGUCCCGGAGCACGGCCACCGAAUUGGGACUCCCGGCCUACCAGGAGCCCGGCAAGCUGAGCUACGGCACGGAGAAGGGGUGUCCCUGGAGGGGCUCCGAGGGAUGUUUGGGGACAGGAGGGGGGCUGGCCGGUGGCCGGUUGGGAUGUCCUUACCCACCGGCCCCCCCGUGCCUGAGGGACACCCUGUGCCGCCCCAAGGAUGGAGCCGAACUCCCCCCGUUGCCCCCCAGGAACGGGCAACCCAAGGCGGGCUGGGCUGAGGCCUGCAAGGACCACCCUGGGGCACGGUGGGCUGAGGCCAUGCUGGCCCCCCUGGCCCUCUACAGCCACGCGUACCACCGGUACCCCCUGCCCCUCCCGGGGAUGGAGACCCAGCGCCCCGGCACCACCGGCAAACCCCACGGCGCCGCGGGGGACGGGGCCGGUGACCCCCCGACUUUCCACCACUGCCCAUUCCUGGUGGAAGCCAAGCACAGCCCCUUCCUCCUGUCCUCCCUGCUGCCCACCGGACCCCCAAGCGACCCCCAGUUUGGCGGCGGGGGGGCAGAAGGACCAGGGACCAUGGGUGAUGGGCGCUUGGCCGGCGUGGACUGGCGUCUGGGCUCCUACGUGCCCGCGUGGGGCCAGCCCAUCUACUUGGGGGUCCCACCGAGGUGCAAAGUGACUCUGUCCCCCUUCGAGGACUGCUCCGGCUCAGGGAACAAGGAGUUUUACCCCAAGAAAGAACCCGGCUUCCACCCCCCGGCCAAGGACCAAGCGCCGUCGCAGAUGCUGGGCAAGGGCCAGGCUGGGCAGGAUGGAGAUGGGGAAGGAGGGGAACCGGACCUUCCUGGAGCCCCGUGGAGGGAUGGCCGAGCGGGGGGCAGCUCGGUGGUGCCCACUCCCCGUGCCCGCACGCCUCCCCCCAUCGCCAGCCACCCCCUCUUCCUCCUGCAGCCUGGCACGGCGGGGGGCUGCGGGGGUCCCUGGGUGGGCACACGGGCUCACGCCGCUGAUUUCCCCCCGGAGCUGGGUUCAGGCCACCCCCCCGAGCCCAAAGAGCUGGAAUACCAAAGCCUUGGAGGAACUGGGGAGCCCGACCCAUCAUCUCCUCUCACGGAUGGGCACUACCCACCAGCCCUCGCCAAGCCAGAGCAGCCCCCCGCUUGUCUCUGCCCCACGCCGGGCUGCGAUGGGUGCCCGGGGGUGGGCUGUGGGGUGCUGGGCCCCUUCGAGCCCACCCUGGGCAUCCCUGGGGGGCAUUUCUCCUGCCCACCCAGCAACCACACCAAGCUGAAGAAGACCUGGUUGACGCGGCACUCGGAGCAGUCGCUGCCACGCUGCAAGGCUGCCCGCAGGGACGGUGGCCCCGAGGUGGCCAACGAGGGCAAGCGCCCGGGCAAACGCCCCCACGGCACCACCGACGGACCCUGGGCCACCAGCGAGGGAGCUGGGGCCACCAAACGGGUCACCAAGGCCACCGUGGCUACGGCACGGCCGGGUGGUGGCACGGAGAGCGGAGGGGACGCGGAGGAGAGGAGGAUGGAGCUGGGAGAGGGAGACCCACUGAAACGAGCCCAACUGGACCCACGGGAGCCGUGGUGCCUGCAGAGCGUGCCCUGCGUCACCCUGCCUGAGAGCAUCCCCCGGUGCUGUGCCUGCGCUGCCCGGGCACCGGGGGAACCCCAGGGUGAGGAAGAGGAGGAGGAGGAAGAGCCCCCCGAGAGCACUUGCCGGCUGCUGCACUUCCGCAGGUUUGCCUUUGGGGACGGUGGGGAGCUGAACAUGGAUGGUUUCUGCACCGUGGGGGAGGCGGAUGGGGACGCUGCGCUGCGGCUGGAGGGGCCCGGUGCCCAGCGAGGGGGCAGGGGUGCGGGGAGCAGCCUCUGCCUGGCCAAAUACCUGCUGGGGGUCCUGGGGGACCCCUUCUGCGAGGCCGUCCGGAGGGACAGGGACGUGUGGCCGGGAGCCCCCGGCGGGCCCGAGGGUAAGUUUGCCUUUGGGGACGGUGGGGAGCUGAACAUGGAUGGUUUCUGCACCGUGGGGGAGGCGGAUGGGGACGCUGCGCUGCGGCUGGAGGGGCCCGGUGCCCAGCGAGGGGGCAGGGGUGCGGGGAGCAGCCUCUGCCUGGCCAAAUACCUGCUGGGGGUCCUGGGGGACCCCUUCUGCGAGGCCGUCCGGAGGGACAGGGACGUGUGGCCGGGAGCCCCCGGCGGGCCCGAGGGGGUGACGGCGUGGAGGAGGGGGGAAGGAGCCCCCCAACUCUGUGAUUCCUGCCGGAGGGGCUUCUUCAACUCCCACUGGAGCUGCCCCAGAUGUGGCUUCCAGCUGUGCCCCGACUGCCACCGCAGCAGGCAGGAGGCUGAUGGCCACGGUACGAAUUUUAGAGCAGCCCCUCCUGUGACCUCACUUUUGAGCAUCCUCUUCGGGCUCCUUUGGCUGCACGACCCCGGCCACCCCACCAACUACAAACUCUUCCAGGAGCACUGGCGGAGGGGCCAGCCUGUCUUUGUUUCAGGGCUGCAGAAGAGGCUGGAGGGGCGGCUGUGGGGCCCGGAGUCGUUCCUUUCGGCCUGGGGGGAGCGGGCGGUGGAGGUGGAGAACCUGCGGGCACCGGGGAGCCACCUCAGGAUGAGCAGCAGGGAAUUUUGGGAGGGCUUCGCUGCCAACGGGGCAUCCCCGAAGAUGGAGCGGGGCAGUGAGGACCUGCUGAAGCUGGAGACUGGCUUUGGGGACACGGAGGUGGCCCGGGCCACCAACCUGAGGGCCAGCUUGCCACUACCAGAGUACUGUGGGCCAACUGGGCGCCUCAACCUGGCCACCUACCUGCGGGGCCAGCGGGCUCGGCGUUGGCUGCGCCCACGUCUCUGCGUGGCUUAUGGCGUGCACCCCCAGGACAGGACCAUUGGGACCAAAAACUUGACGGUGGAGGCAACGGACUCCAUCAACAUCCUGGUCCACGCCGCGGCACGGCAGGACCCGCUCCCACAAGCCGAUGCUGAGGGUCUGGAUCCACCAUUGAUGGAGCGGCUCUGGGAUGCUGGUGGCCAACCCGCUGCCCUGUGGCACAUCUUCCGCCCCGAGGACGCCGGUCGCAUCCAGGAUUUCUUGCAGAAGGCGUGCGAGGACCAAAGGCAGGAGGGGGCAGAGGAGCCCCCCCGCCGUUAUUUGGACAUCUCACUGCGGAGGCGGCUGCGGGAGGAGUUGGGGGUGAGCGGCUGGACCCUCCUCCAGUUCCUGGGGGAUGCGGUGCUGGUCCCCGCUGGGGCUCCCCACCAGGUGCAGAGCCUCACGGGCACCAUCAGCGUGGAGCAGCGGUUCCUCUCCCCGGAGAACGUCGCUCGCCCAGGGGACCACGUCACCCACCCCCAGCUCUGUGCCCAGCUGGAUGGCAUGAUCUUCUCCGCUGUGCGGGAGGCGGUGGGCAUCCUGCGGGGCUGCAAGUGAGGUGGCCACGGUAGGAUGGAAGGAUGCCCCAACAAAGCACCCAAUGCACCUGGUGGCCACCAUCACGGCUGGGGGGGCGAGCUGGGGUCACGUCCCCCCCCACGUCCCCCCCUGGGGUGAUUUUUGGGGUGGGAGCAGGGA